UUCUUCGUUGAUUUUUGGGUGUAUACAAGGUUAACAUACUGGCUCAGAACUAUAAAACGAUGGAGAUUAUUUGAAAUGCUAUCAGUUGAUUUAUCAGCAGACAUCAAAUCAAAUCUAAUAAACAUGAACUCCUUGGUAAUUGUAACCAUUUUCUCCUGCUUGGCUUUGGCAAAUGCAGGCAUAAUCGUUCAAGGACCAAGUGCCAAAUCUACAGUUGUAGGUAAUGAUGGCAGUGUUAUUUCUUCUGUAGCCCCUGGAGGACAAAUUAUCGCAGAUGAACAUCCUGGAGUGGUUGCUCACAGUGCCCCAUUAGUUGCUGCUUACUCUCACCCAGUAGUAACCGCUCAUGCUGCCCCAGUAGUAGCUGCCCACUCUGCUCAUCUUGUAAAUGCACAUGCUGCCCCAGUAGUAGCUGCCCACUCUGCACAUCUUGUAAACCCACACUCUGCCGCAGUAGUAUCUGUCCACUCUGCUCCUGUUGUAGCUGCUCACGUAGCUCCAGUAGUUUCAGCUUACUCACAUUCAGUAGUUGCUGCUCCACUUGUAGCUGCUCAUUCUGCUCCAGUUGUUGCUCAUGGAGUAGUUGCCCAUAAAGAAGUUGAUACAGUAGUAGCUGGACCAUCUGGAACUAUUACUACUAGCAAACUUGUUGCCUCUCCAGUCGUAGUUCCUGCCCACGGAGUAGUUGGUCAUGGAGUUCAUGGACAUUAUUAUUAAUUUUAUUGGUGUAAGUUAUUGAAAAAUAAACAAUUGUUUUAAAUUGA